CACGUGCGCACACGGCUGCCCUCCGGAAGGACCGAGUCUGGCUGUGUUUAUCUCGUUGGGGAGCUAGCCGUCGGUUGGCGCUCAACGGGUUCUAGACUGCAGGCAGCGCGAGGAUCCGCGGCCCCGCCCCGGCCCGGCCUGGCAGUCCAGAUCCAAGAUCUUUUGGAUUGAGAACAGGAGUAAUGAAGUGAGAGUGGUUUCCUGCCGGGGCUAUUUCAGGUUUGGCAGGCUGGCUAUUUAAAGCAUGGGAUGGGGGGUUGAGGGAGGUUGAAGGGGGAGGGGGGCUGGCAAGCCAGCUGAAAACCGUGUCUCUUUCUUAUGAGGGGCCUCCCUUACUUGCUUUCUCUAUGCCUGAGGUUCUGCCAGGUUCUUCGCUCUGCCAGGGCUUCUUGAGCAGGGAGCAGAUGAUCCACUCAAACCCAGCAGGUGCCUGCCAACGAAGGCAAUACCCAUUGGAGGAACAUUUGUCUGACAGAGCCUUCAAAUGUACCCAUUAUCACUAGGUUGGCAGGUCAUGCUUGAGUCUAUUUCUUGUCCUGCCCAAGGGCUCCCCCACACCCCGCCCCUUCCUCUCUCUUUUCUAACACACACCCCUACCCCAUUCCCCUUUCAGGGUUUUAAGUGGGAGAAGAGCUGCUGAAACAGCUUGUUCUUUAUUACAAUAGCGGGGUUGGAGAAGUAGCAGGAGGGGAAAAUUCCUCCUCUCCACCCCCACCCCCUCAGUCCCCAGCAGACACAUACCUUUCUGGCUUAAGUUCCUAGUCUUGGCAGUAUACCAGGCACAGCUGUUAAAGGAACUCUUCGUGCCUGUGAGGGGCCCUGGAUGACCCUGAUGACAACAGCUUAGCUUGACGAGAGCUCCCUUUGAGGGGCUUACCAUCCGUGGAGCCCCCUGUCCUGGAUCAUUCCUACCCUAUCCACCCUGCCCUGGAUGGGGGGACUGUUUCACUCCAAAAGCCAAAAGCUUUUCUCCUUUGAAGCACCCAUGCCAGCUUUCAAUGGACCGAUUGGGGUUGGCUGCACUAUUAAUAGCCCUGAGUAUUUUGAGAUCCCUUUCCCCACCUUAAAGAGCACAGAUUCUUAGAGAGGUGGCAGUAAGCGGAGCAGAGCCAGAGAGACAAGAGAAUGCACUGCCCUGGGAAGGACAGGCGGUGCUUGCAGCUUGUGCCAGGCCAGCGACACGGUGAAGCCUCCAUGAGUAAGGGAUGACCAUGCUGAACCUUUGAUCAGCAAAUUCUGAGCUGUCAAUCAGGUCAGAGCCGCCCCGCCCUUCACUGUGGGAGAACACCGGACCAGGGCUAGCUCCCUGACCUCUACCUGAGCUUUGGAAAGGUGGUGUGGGAGGGCCACCAGGGUGACGCUUGGAGGCAAGGGCUGGUCCUGGGCAGAGUCCUGGUGAGCCAGAUAAAGACCUUGCCUGAGGAGCCCAUGGCCAUAACUUGUGUGCAGGUAGCAGAGGCAGCAGGCCGUGCCGGGGGGGCAUGUUGCUGUAACCAGUGACCCAGGGGAUGUUACGGUGGACAGUGCACCUGGAGGGCGGGCCCCGCAGGGUGAACCAUGCUGCAGUGGCUGUUGGGCACCGGGUAUACUCCUUCGGGGGUUACUGCUCUGGUGAAGACUAUGAAACACUGCGGCAGAUUGAUGUGCACAUUUUCAAUGCAGUGUCCUUGCGUUGGACAAAGCUGCCCCCAGUGAGGCCUGCCAUCCGUGGGCAGGCUCCUGUGGUACCCUACAUGCGGUAUGGACACUCGACCGUCCUCAUCGAUGACAUGGUCUUCCUUUGGGGCGGGCGGAAUGACACCGAAGGAGCCUGCAAUGUACUUUAUGCCUUUGACGUCAAUACUCACAAGUGGUCCACACCGCGAGUGUCAGGAACAGUUCCUGGGGCCCGGGAUGGACAUUCAGCUUGUGUCCUGGGCAAAACCAUGUACAUUUUCGGGGGCUAUGAGCAGCUGGCGGACUGCUUUUCCAAUGACAUUCACAAGCUGGAUACCAGUACCAUGACAUGGACCCUUAUUUGUACAAAGGGCAACCCUGCACGCUGGAGGGACUUUCACUCAGCUACAAUGCUGGGCAGUCACAUGUAUGUCUUUGGGGGCCGUGCCGACCGCUUUGGGCCAUUCCAUUCCAACAAUGAGAUUUACUGCAACCGCAUCCGUGUCUUUGACACGAGGACUGAGGCCUGGCUGGACUGUCCACCCACUCCAGUGCUGCCUGAGGGCCGCCGGAGCCACUCAGCCUUUGGUUAUAAUGGGGAGCUGUACAUCUUUGGUGGCUAUAAUGCAAGGCUGAACCGGCAUUUCCAUGACCUCUGGAAGUUUAACCCUGUGUCCUUUACCUGGAAAAAGAUUGAACCGAAGGGGAAGGGGCCAUGUCCCCGCCGGCGCCAGUGCUGCUGUAUUGUUGGUGACAAGAUUGUUCUCUUUGGGGGUACCAGUCCAUCUCCUGAGGAAGGCCUGGGAGAUGAAUUUGACCUCAUAGAUCAUUCUGAUUUACACAUUUUGGACUUUAGCCCUAGUCUGAAGACUCUGUGUAAACUGGCCGUGAUUCAGUAUAACCUGGACCAGUCGUGUUUGCCCCAUGACAUCAGGUGGGAGCUGAAUGCCAUGACCACCAACAGCAAUAUCAGUCGCCCCAUCGUCUCCUCCCAUGGGUAGGAGAGAGUUGCUGCCGCCUCCCUUCCUGAGCCUGCUAUUAUCUUCACUGCCCUUCCCCAUCCCUCACCUGCCUGUCCCUUUGGUCCCUGGACUCGGUAUACCUCUGCGUGGAGUUGUUGGACUAGAGGUGUUUCCUGUGCUGUGAACUCAGUGGGGAGCUGUAGGGGGGAGGGCUAGUUCCCUACCCCCUUGGGCCGAGGGCCCCUUCCCCUUGGUGCUCUGUCCCAUACACCUCCUUCCAACUGCUCCUGGGCCUCUGCUCUGCCCCAGGCCAGCCAGGCUCUGUUGGGAAGUGAAGGGAAUGGGGAUUAGGGAGAAGCAAGCAGUGCCUGAGCCUCAGGAGCUUCCCCCACCCUUGUUUCCACCCCCUCCCCCUGCUUGAGUCAAGAGCAUUGAUCGGGAGCUGAGAGGAAUUGCAACUGUUGCCAUGAAACCCUCAUUCUCCCUGACCUGGGGAGGCGAGGACCAGCAGAUAAUCCCACCCUUCCCUGAGCUGUUGCUGUUCCCUGACGCUCCCAGCCAGCUCAGAUUUUAUAAAAAUGGAUUAAAAAUC